AAGGAUAUAUCCACAGACAUGUUUGCCCGUCUUUGUAGGUGCUUUGGGAGAGUUGAUGUUGAUAGAGAAGAGUCUAGAGUGAAGCAAACGAAACCUAAAGAGGCCUGCAGACAGACGUCAUCCCCUGAAAAUGUCCGAAACAAGGUGCAGGCCAACGAGGAAGAGGAGAGGCUGAAAAGAGAACUGGAGCUAACUACCAAGGAGAGAAAUGAGCUGACAGAACGCCUCCUUUAUGUGACAGGUGGAUCCAUGAGCAAGAGCCCCUACUUCAGGCCAAAUCCAUUUUAUGAAAAUUUGAAGAUAAAGGAGAAAGAGGUCAUGUCAUUACUGCACAACUUAGACACAAAGAACAUUGAACAUCGUGAGAAAUUUCAGGAGCUCAAGAAGGAGAUUCACUUCUAUCGGUAAGUACUGGUCAGAAGGGCCCAUCAUUGUGGAAUGGCCAUGUCUGCCUCUCUUUCUUCUGGACCGGAGGGUCUGCAGCUCUGGGCCCAUCUCUUCUGCUGUUUAAAUAUCACUGUGUCGUGGGUCUUUUGGACUCAGUUUCAGUUCCAUAAGAGACUGUGACUUCUCAGCACAGUGUCUAUGCAUCUUUAGAAGGCUCUGGAUAGAACUACACUGAUUCAGGCAUCAGAGUGUUAUUAGGCCAACCUGUG